AACCAAAUUAUAUUAUUUUAAAAUGAUUUUUUUUUUACGUAAAAGUAACUAAUUAGCUUCUUAUCAGCAUUAUAAGUAACCAAAAUGUUAAUUUAAAAACUCAGGAAAAUAAUAAAAAAACGAAAUUUGGAAUUAAUUUUAUUUCAGGUAUAUUAUUUUAGAAUUAAGGUAUAUUUUAAUGAUGUGGCAAGGUAUUAUUGUAAUUGAAAUUUAUUAUGGUAUUUUUGUAAAUAAUUUAUAUUUUAAGUAUAUAAUUGAAAAACUCCCUAAUAUUUUUCAAAACAGUCAGUACAAUUCUUGGAUGAGUGGAUCCCACCAUUUAAUGUUUUUUAGUUAAUUUUAAAAAAUAAAUCUAAAUCCUUAAACUGCUAUUAUAUAAACUACUCGAUCCUACCAGUAUUACAUUUCAGUAAUUUUGUUCUUGCUUUCUACUACUAUUCCAUUGAACACUGCAAAGUGAAGUUAAAGUCAUGGAGUCUUGCACCCAAAUUGUAGCACAAUUAAUUCUUGACGAGAUAGAGAAGAAGGAGAGUAGUGCUAAAAACGUUUUAAUGUCUCCUCGGUCAAUAAACUUGGUGGUCAAUAUGUUGGCUACUGGUGCUGAAGGUAAGACAUUAAAGCAGUUCUUGAAGUUUCUUGGUUCUAAAGAAAUAAAAGAUUUGAACCAAAACUCUUGUCGUAUGAUGACUCUUCUUCUCACCUCUUCUGUCUCUAAGGCCUCCACCCCUUCCCCUCUUCCCACAAUUCACCAACCAAAACGUCAGAAGAUUGAACAAAAACCUCCUUUUUUGGUUGGAAACUCCUUAUGGCUUGAUAAUAACUCUCAGUUAGUUCCAUCUUUUAAAGAAAUCACUCAAACAAUCUAUAAGGCAAAAGUGAAAAAUGUCGACCUUAAGUUAGAGCCAGAGGCUGAUAAAGUUAGACAUCUCAUUAAACGAUAUUUGUCAAAGAGUGUAAAGUUGACACCCCCACUUUGUCUUUUAAGUGUAUUAUCUUUCGAGGGAUCAUGGGAAGUACCUUUUAUGGCUUCGAAGACUCAAGAUGAAAAGUUUUGCCUUCUUAAUGGGGAAACAAUCCAAGUACCUUUCAUGAAUAGUCAUAAUGUUUCUUACUCCUAUGCUUUUCUUGAUGAUUUCAAGGUUCUCAAACUCCCAUAUGAAAGAAUAGCAUUAGGUAAUAAUGGAAACCAAACACAAUUCUCUAUGUACUUAUUUCUUCCUCAUGACACAUACAGAUUUCAAAAUACAGUGAAAAAGUUCAAGGUGAAUCCAAAAUUGUUGUCACCCAUGAGUUUUAAUAACCAUCUAAGGAGCAUGGAACUUUCUCGUGUGUCAAUUCCCAAGAUGAAAUUAUCAUAUGAUGUUGAACUUCAUGCUAAGAAUUUACUCAAGGAAAGAGGAUUAAGUCUGCCUUUCAGUAAGGCUAGUGCAAAUUUCCCAAACAUGGUGUGCUCUCAGUCUCCUGAUACCAAUGUUUUCGUAGAGAAUAUGCUUCACAAGUCUUUUAUCGAAGUGAAUGAAGAUGGGACAAGGGCUGUUGCGACAACCUUUGUUGGUAUGUCAUACGGUUCUUGUCUGAAUUCUGAACCUCCUCCACUAGCUGCCGUUUUUGGUAUGAUACCUGGAAUUGCUCCAGAUUAUAUGCCUACUCCACUUGAUUCCUUUGUUGCUGACCAUCCAUUCAUGUUUAUGAUUGUUGAAGAGUUUCCUAACCUUGUUGUUUUCACUGGAGCAGUUCUUGAUCCACGAAACUAGAAACAUUUAUGUUUAUGAUUAUGUUUUGCAAUCAUUCAUUGAGACUUUGUUUUCAGCUUUUAUCUUUAUUUGGUCCUGAAUUUUCAGCUAGCGUUGUUAAAUGUAAAAAUAUUAUUAUUGUUCUAUAAACAGAAUUUGCCCAAGA